AUGAUAACUGGGCUGCAGAAUGUCACAACGGAGGCGCCGGUGACGAGCAGUGACAGCAGUGCGGCGAGCGCGGGAGAGAUGGGGCUGGUGGAGACGACGCGGCUGGCGGUGCACACGGCCGACCUGGUGAACGUGACGGUGCACGAGCGCCCCUCCAUGUGGGACCUGUACCUGAACCACUGCCCGCGGUGGCGGCCCAUCAACCACGUGUUUUUCCAAGUGGCCAACGUAUGCUUCCUGCUGUCGUUCCUGGCGCCGCACUCGGCGGGCGGGCUGCUGUGGCUGCGCGCCGCCCUCAUGCUGGGCUGCGCCUUCUCCGCCAUGUGGGCCUGGAGCAUCGAGUGCUGUCUGGACGCUGUGCUCUGGAACUGUGCAUUUAUUGUGAUAAACUUUGUUUACUUCUCUAUACAGUUUUAUUUGAUGCGCCCCAUCAAGUUCCAUAAAGAUAUUGAAGAGGUUGAUGAAUCAGAGGUCAACUCCUUUGAACAAGCUGAAGGCUUUAAGAUCAAAGCACAACCUGUUUUGAAACUUAAUCUUGCCAAAAAGUCUCACCUUACUAUUUCAAAAGCACAAAACCUGUUUGAAUAA